CCACCCCAGUCAAGAGUCCCAGCAACCAAGCUCUCGAACCAUGAUCCCCUAAAUGCCCCUGACUUGUUGUCAAUUUUCCAUUCUCCGCCCUUGCUUGAGCAGAUUAGUACACUGUACACAUUGUCUGAACUUAGCAACUCCAAAACUAGGGCUUUCUCCGGUGACGGUGAACUAUGGUGGAGCCGGCGACGCACGACCGGGAUGAGGAGCUCUCUUUGUUAUCCCUGCAUAGCAAUGGUGACGACUCGUGGCGGUUGAACUUCGACGAGUUUCAGUUAUCGCCGGAGCACACAGAGAAUAAGGCUCCUCGUGGGCUCCAAGACUGCCUUGGGGUAUUAGGCCCUGAAGAUAAUGUUGCAGUGUACUAUCAACAGCAAGUAGAAAUGCUUGAGGGCUUUAAUGAAAUGGAUGCCUUGUCAGAGCGUGGUUUUGUUCCAGGAAUGUCAAAGGAAGAACGGGAAAACUUGGCCAGAAGUGAGACACUUGCCAUUAGAUUAUCAAAUGUUGCAAAUAUGGUUCUUUUUGCUGCUAAAGUUUAUGCAUCCGUCAGAAGUGGCUCAUUAGCGAUCAUCGCAUCUACAUUGGACUCUCUUCUUGACCUUUUGUCAGGCUUCAUCCUAUGGUUUACUGCUUUCUCCAUGCAAACACCAAAUCCAUAUCAGUACCCCAUUGGAAAGAAACGUAUGCAGCCAUUGGGGAUCCUUGUGUUUGCAUCUGUCAUGGCAACUCUAGGACUUCAGAUAAUCUUGGAGUCAGUGCGCACAAUGGUAUCUGAUGAGAAAGAAUUUAGCCUCACCAAAGAGCAAGAAAGCUGGGUUGUGGGCAUUAUGCUCUCAGUAACCCUGGUAAAACUCAUCCUGGUUGUCUAUUGCCGCUCUUUUAAAAAUGAAAUUGUCAAAGCAUAUGCCCAGGAUCACUUUUUUGAUGUUAUUACCAACAUUAUUGGCCUCAUUGCUGCGCUUCUUGCCAAUUACAUUGAUGAUUGGAUAGACCCUGUUGGAGCCAUCAUUCUUGCUCUGUACACCAUCCGAACAUGGUCAAUGACAGUAUUGGAAAAUGUGAAUUCCCUUGUUGGAAGAUCGGCUACUCCGGAUUUUCUUCAAAAACUCACAUACCUCUGUUGGAACCACCACAAGGCCGUUAGACACAUUGACACAGUCCGGGCUUACACAUUCGGGUCACACUAUUUUGUUGAGGUUGACAUUGUCCUACCUGCGAGCAUGCCAUUGCAAGAGGCACAUGACAUAGGUGAAUCCUUGCAGGAAAAGCUUGAGCUACUGCCGGAGAUCGAGCGUGCCUUUGUUCAUCUUGAUUACGAGUACACCCACAAACCCGAGCAUGCACAGGCAUAUUAAAGACAAGGAAAUAUGAUGUUCCCACAAAGAUAAUUUUAAGUUGUAUGCAUGCUCUAGAGAGCUAUGGUUUUCCUGCUUUUGCUUGUGCAAUUUGGUUCUAAGUAGAGUACUAAUGAUCCCUGCCCCUGCCCUUGUAGCAUGAACUCCAUUGCUUCCUUAUUAGGGCUCAAAUUCUAGCAUGUUUUCUAGUGGUCAGUCUUUUGGUCCAUCCACGAAACUUUUACUGAAGAGUUGGCUAUCUGUUGGUCAUUCCUUUUCGGUCUUUGUUUCUAUUACAUUCUAUCUCAUCGUUUCGUAUUAUGAUAUUUGA